AUGGCUUUGUCGUCAAGUCUCAGUCUGUUGCUGCCCGCGCUACUGCUGCCGCUCGCAGGGGCUGCCUCCAUCGACGCCAGUGCUGCCAGCUUCAUCGUCAACAAGGAUGUCGUGAUCCUCGGUGGCGGCGCAAGUGGCGCUCAUGCAGCCGUCCGACUCCGAGAGGACUACGGCAAAAGCGUCAUCGUCGUUGAGAACCAGGCCCAACUGGGUGGCCAUGUUGAAACAUACGAAGACCCGGUUACUGGCAAGCCCUAUGACUUUGGCGUGAACUCGUACACCGAAUAUGGGAAUAGCAAAGAGUUCUUCGCGCGUUUCAACGUGAGCAUAGAGGUGCCCGCGCGCCUGACUCUCAAUACCACAUAUGUUGACUUCGAGUCCGGCAACGAGCUGGAUGGGUACGUGAGUCCAGCCUCGGCGGACGUCACCGCCGGUCUGAACAAGUACCUGACCAUCUGCGAGCAAUACGAGGACAUCCUCCUGCCUUCCUACGCCAACUUCCCCACCGAGAAUAUCCCGGAGGACCUGCUCAUCCCCUUUUCCGAUUUCAUCACGAAGUAUGAGCUCGAGGUCAUAGUGCCCCGCAUCUUCCAGGUCACCGGUAUCGGCCUCGGAAACAUGGCCAGCGAGCUCACUAUCUACGUGAUGCAAACGUUCGGCGCGCCGAUCACCCGCUCUCUCCUGGGUCUCACCGAUUCAUUCGUACCAGUCUCGAGAAGAAACCAGGACCUGUACGACAACAUCGCUGACCUACUGGGUGACGAUGUCAUGUACUCGGCGACCACCAUCAACUCUUCCCGCGCCGACAAUGCCACUGUCCAGCUUCUGGUCCGCGGCAGCGACUCCAAGCUGACCCUCAUCAACGCCAAGAAGCUGCUGAUCUCGUUCUCGCCGACCAUGGAGAACCUGAAACCCUUCCUCAUCGACACCAAGGAGCGCGACGUCUUCUCGGCGUGGGGCCUCUCGCACGUCUACGCCGGCAUUGUCAACAGCGCCGACCUGCCCAUCAACUACUCGCUGGUGAACUACCCCGAGUCGGCCGUCCCCACCAACUACCUCGAGCUGCCCACGACGCCGCUCGUCGGCCGAUACGAGUAUCUAGGCGGCGACAACUUCCGCGUCUUGGCAACCGGCGACCAGAACUCCACCACCACCAGCGAGAGCGCGCAGUCGCUGGUGCACAGCGUCUUCCGCAAGCUACAGGCCGGGGUGAUCAAGCAACUGUCAGGGACGACCGGCAACGCAAGCCUCGAGUUCGCCGCAUGGACCGAGCACCUCGGCAUCUCUGCCCAUCUGCCCGUCGAGGUGAUCGAGGGCGGCUUCUACCGCGACCUGUAUGCGCUCCAGGGCUACCGCUCCACGUUCUACACCGGAGGGGCUUUCGCUGCCGACUUCAGCACUUUGCUGUGGGAAUACAAUGACCAGUACUUGCUGCCCAAACUGUUGGCUGCGCUGUGA